AAAAUAGCUUGAGUCCUGAGUGAAAAACUGACUCGUAGAUUAGAUUCUAUCCCAAGUCCCAACUAGUUUUCUCUCUCUUUCUCUCAAACCAAAACGUACAAACAACCACAUUUAAUACCAAUGCCAACGGAGAACUAGCUUUCAUCCUCUUCCCAAUCAGUCAUCUAUCACGGGUCACCAAAAAAAAAAAAAAAAAAACACAACAUGUUUUGUAACUUUUAUUAAGAUAUUAUUUUCUGCUUUCCAUAAAAAAGCAUUAUAUAUAACGACCACUUCAUCUACAUGCCCAAGAAAGAUAUUCCCGUGCUCUUCAAGCACCACAAUUUUUCUUUUUAUUUUGUCUCAAACUCGAUGGCUAUGGCCACCACCAUUGCAAACAGAGCACCGAAGGUCUCUGUUUUGCUCUGCUUUUCCAUAUACUCUGCUUUGCUUUCCUUUAGCUGCAGCCGGGUUUUAGGCCAAUCAUCACCUGUUUUUGCCUGUGAUGUUAAGAGCAACUCGAGCCUGGCGAGCUUGGGGUUCUGUAACACGUCUUUGGGUAUUGAUUCGAGAGUUGGGGACUUGGUGAAGAGGCUGACAUUGCAAGAGAAAAUUGGGUUCUUGGUGAACAAGGCAGGGAGUGUGAGUAGGCUUGGUAUACCACAGUAUGAGUGGUGGUCUGAGGCUCUUCAUGGAGUCUCUUAUGUGGGCCCAGGGACUCGUUUUUCCAAUGUGGUACCUGGAGCUACCAGCUUUCCUCAAGUUAUUCUCACUGCUGCUACAUUCAAUACUUCUCUCUUUGAAGCCAUUGGAAAGGUGGUUUCUACCGAAGCAAGAGCAAUGUACAAUGUGGGACUAGCAGGCUUGACAUAUUGGUCACCAAAUAUUAACAUAUUUCGAGACCCCAGAUGGGGAAGAGGCCAGGAAACUCCAGGAGAAGACCCAUUGCUUUCAAGUAAAUAUGGAUCCGGUUACGUUAGAGGUCUUCAACAAAGAGAUGGUGAUCCAAAUGGACUUAAGGUUGCUGCAUGUUGUAAACAUUAUACAGCCUAUGAUCUUGAUAAUUGGAAAGGGACAGACCGUUACCAUUUCAAUGCUGUGGUAACAAAGCAAGAUUUGGAUGAUACAUUUCAACCACCAUUCAAGAGUUGUGUGAUUGAUGGCAAUGUAGCCAGUGUCAUGUGUUCCUACAACCAGGUUAAUGGUAAGCCAACCUGCGCAGACCCGGACCUGCUUGCUGGAGUCAUCCGAGGCGAAUGGAAACUAAAUGGAUACAUAGUUUCUGAUUGUGAUUCGGUAGAUGUGUUCUACAAGUCUCAACAAUACACAAAAUCACCAGAGGAGGCUGCAGCCAAAGCUAUAUUGGCAGGAUUGGAUCUUAACUGUGGAUCCUUCCUAGGUCAACACACAGAAGCUGCAGUAAAAGGAGGACUUUUGGAUGAGGCGGCUAUUGACAAGGCCAUUUCUAACAAUUUUGCAACUUUAAUGAGACUUGGCUUCUUUGAUGGUGACCCAAGCAAGCAAAUUUAUGGCAACUUGGGUCCAAAAGAUGUGUGUACGGAAAAGAACCAGGAACUGGCCCGUGAAACAGCUAGGCAAGGGAUAGUGCUGCUUAAAAACAGUCCCGGUUCACUGCCUCUGUCUCCCACUGCCAUCAAAUCCUUGGCUGUAAUUGGUCCCAACGCCAAUGUCACAAAAACCAUGAUUGGAAACUAUGAAGGCACUCCAUGCAAAUAUACAACUCCUUUGCAAGGUCUGACAGCCUCAGUUGCAACAACUUAUCAGCCAGGCUGCUCCAAUGUGGCCUGCAGCACUGCGCAGGUAGAUGACGCCAAGAAAAUAGCAGCCUCAGCAGAUGCCACUGUACUUAUAAUGGGUGCAGAUCAAUCUAUCGAGGCAGAGAGUCGUGACAGGAUUGACCUCAAUCUUCCAGGACAGCAAACACUCUUAGUAACAGAAGUUGCAAAGGCAUCCAAAGGACCAGUCAUUCUUGUUAUAAUGUCUGGAGGGGGCUUUGAUAUCUCAUUUGCAAAAAGUAAUGAUAAAAUUACAAGCAUCCUAUGGGUUGGUUACCCUGGGGAAGCUGGAGGAGCUGCCAUAGCUGAUGUGAUUUUUGGGUAUUGUAAUCCAAGUGGAAGAUUACCCAUGACAUGGUAUCCACAAGCAUACUUAGACAAGGUCCCCAUGACAAACAUGAACAUGAGGCCAGAUCCUGCCACUGGCUACCCUGGCCGGACCUACAGGUUCUACACCGGAGAAACUGUGUAUUCAUUUGGAGAUGGACUAAGCUAUUCCAGUUUCAACCACCACCUAGCUCAAGCACCAAAGUUAGUUUCCAUUCCCUUAGAAGAGGGUCACGUUUGUCGCUCAACAAGAUGCAAGUCAUUAGACGUUGCUGAGCAGCAUUGUCAAAACUGGGGUUUUGACAUUCACUUGAGAGUCAAAAACAUGGGAAGUAUUAGUGGAAGCCAUACAGUAUUCUUGUUCACUACCCCUCCAUCAAUACACAACUCACCUCAGAAGCACUUGCUGGGAUUUGAGAAGGUCUUCUUGACAGGGCAAACAGAAACGUUGGUCAAGUUCAAGGUGGAUGUUUGCAAGGACUUGAGUGUGGUGGAUGAGCUUGGAACCAGGAAAGUUGCCUUGGGACAACAUGUGCUUCAUGUUGGGAGCUUGAAACACUCAAUGAACGUGAGGGUUUAAAUUAAAUCAUCAACAAGCCUGCAGAUAUUUGGGGGGUUUUGCUAAAGGCAUUACUGAAUUGAAUUCAGCUGAUAAAGGCAUUUCAAAUUGUAGAAACAAGCUUUGAAUCAGUUAUAAUCAUUUCUUAAUAAUUCCAUAGACAAAUUGCUCAAAAUCAAAAUUGUUGUGAAAACACACAAUAAUAAUAUAAUCAAAUACCACAAGGUAUGGAAUUUAAUGUAGUUUGGCAAA